AUAUGGCGGCUAUGGAAAAUGGCCUCCAAAUCUGAAACCGUUAGGAUAACAUACAAAGAACUGGAAUCCUCUGUUCAAGAUAAAGACAGAUUAAACCGAAAUUCCGACAGAAGCAGUAAUGAUGAAAUUCAAAAAAGGAAAAAUAAGAGGCCAACAAGAGGUAUAUACCAACCCCCUAAGCGAUCCCCAAAAGUUUUAGAAGCAGGCAGAGUUCCGGAGGGUGAGAGCUGGGAGGGAGAUGAGUUUCCUAGCUCUGACAGCAAAGAGACCAGUUCAGAGAGAGAGAUCGAUGAUGUUAGUUCAAAUAUAAGAAACCUAAAUCUUGGCAAAGAGAAGAAUGACCAAAAGAAACAAAGAUCCAAAAAGCCGGAAAUUCAGAGAUAUGUUCCUAAAGGGAAAAUACUGGAACAGCAAACAAAAGAAGACGACACAUCAGAAACCGAACCAGGCCAAAAUGUUUCUCCACGAAAAAUUGAUCUAAAGAAAGACCAGCAAGAGUUAAAAGUAACAGUUGUGAAUGAAGGGGUGCCUCCAAGUGGUCAGUCAAAUGUGGGUGCAAAGACUGAGGCCAAGGAACCACCAAGCCCUCACAAUCCACUGGACAGGUCAAUAUCAAAAGGGGAGUCUCCUAAAUAUCAGUCCAAAUCUGAUACUGCAAAUCAGUUUAGGGGAGGUCAGCAGUCAAAUAAACCAAAACAUCAGAAAGAUUUUGAGAAUAAACCAAGGAGUGGACGAAAUGUGGAGGAGAGAAGGUUUGGAGGUGGUGAAAGUGAUUAUAGGAGGGGAAAACAGCAAGGAAGUAAGGUCCUUGAUAGAGGGAAUAGAGAGGAGGAAUUCAAGAGGAGUGAGGGGAGAAGAGGAGGGCAUGGUAGACCAAGAGAUGGUAGAAGAACUGGCUGGCAAGAAGAAGAGCCUAAACCACAAAGACAACCAAAGGAAAGGAGGGACACAGGGGCAGAAAUCAGCAAAGGGAACCAGCAAAGAGUGGAGAAUACUGAAAGCGAAGAAGGCAUACAAGGUGUCAUACCAACAAUGGUGUUUGAGAGGAAAAAUGGGAACAGUUCUGAAGUGGAAAGCUCUAAACAAGGCCAGAAUGCAGCAGGUGCUAGCAGUGGAAAUGGCAAGCCCGGAUCUAAAAGAUAUUCACUGUCAGCCAUGAGGCGUCCAAGAGCUGGCAGUAUCAGUAGUGAUGUGAGCAAUACAAGUGAUCUCAGCAUGGAUGAAGAGACCACAAAUAGAAUUUUGGACUGGAGUGAAGAAGUUGAGAGGGAAAUGGCAGAAAAUGUUCAUGAUGAAACAAGAAAACUGCAGGAAUAUCUGGAUCAAAAGGGUGGAUUCAAUGACUGGGAUGGAGCCAUAGAAACAGUUGACAAAGCCAGGCAAGCUCUGGAGAGAGGUCAGCAAACACAGAGAAGUAUGGAGGAGGAAAGGAACUUUGGAAAGGAAGGAGGCAGGCCAUAUGGAAAUGUCAAAAAUGUUAAGAAUGACAAGAAUUUUAAUGCUGGUCAUAAGGAAUUUGAAAAUGGUUUCAGACAGAGAAGGAACAGUGAUGGAGCUAGAAGUCGAAGAAAAGACAAUCGUAGAAAAGGAUCCAGCACUGGAAGACGGAGUCGUGAUUCUAGUGUGUCUAGUGCUCACAGUGUCAGGAGCUACCACACAGAGGAUGAUAUGUAUGGCACAGACACCUGGCCUAGAAGACGCAAUCGUAGGAGAGGUAGUAAUGCCAGUGUCAAGGAAUCUCGCAGCAAAGAAGUUCUGAAUGAUCCAGCCAGUCUGAAUCUGAAGGUGACAUUUGCAAGAGAUGACAAAAGACAAGUUAUGAUGAAAGACAGAGAAAGUCCUAAAGGAAGAGGUAGGGGUAGAGGAAGAGGACAUCGAGAGAAUAGGGAUGAAUCAAACAUUGGCAGACAUUCAGAUGAACAUCGUAGAGGAUUUGAAAAUGAAAAACAGGGAAGAUAUAAUGAUAAAUCUGCAGGAAGUGAACGUCAGCGAAAACUCUCUGGGGAGCAAAGAAAUUGGCAAGGUCAUUAUGAGGCAAAGGGAGGGAGAGAAUAUGACCGACGUUAUGAACGUAGAAACUUUGGAGGUCAUCAGGUAGAUCAAGAGGAAAGGAAAAGUCCCGAAAGCCCUGCACACGGUGGAGGAUUAAUAAAACUCCCAGCCAAUACUGACACAUCAGAAAACCACUCUCAGGGCCAUAUCAAUUGGCAUCAUGGAGAAUUCCAUACCAUGGGCCACAGAGGAGAAAGAAACAGGAAUAGCCAUAGAGAUACUCAUGCCCAUGGCAGCCCAGGUCAAAGAAUGUUGUUUGAUCCCAAAAAUCCAGAGAAGAUGAUAAUGGUUCCCACCCCCACAUCUUCUACAUCUACCGGUACAUCCCAGCUGAAGUUCAAGGACCCCUCUGGACAGGAAUCUCCUCAGUCUCCACCUACACAGCAGCAUCCCUUGAUGCCCCCUCCUGGAGGUUUCCCACCCGUGCCACCCCAGUACAGAGGUUAUCCUCCAUUUUAUCAAGGAUAUGAUCCCCGCUAUCAGGAUCCUAUGUAUGGGGGACCAGCUCUGCCUGGCCCUCCCAUGCCAGGAUACUAUUAUGGGUACCCUGCUAUGUACAGAGAUAAUCCCAUGUUCAGAGAAGAUGGUGCUGAGUUCUCAGGGGAUGGUGAAUUAGACCCCAUGUAUGCAGGUCGAUCCAGGACCCAGUGCAGGAUGAUGGCUGAGCAUCUGUUCCAGGAGGCGUGUCACAUGGACUCCCAGAUGACAAACCUUGUAUCUAGAAGGCAGUCUGCUGAGUCAAUGCAGCAUGUUUACAGAUUAAGACAUGAACUGCAGCAGAAGUUGGAGCAGAUUAUCCUACUGGAUGUUGAGGUGGCGAGUAAACACAAUGUGGAACAACUGUUGUGGAAGUCAGUGUAUUAUCAGGUGAUUGAGAUGUUCCGAAGGCAGCUUGCUGAAGACAAGGAAGAUAACAACAUUAAAAUGGAACUCUCCAAAAUCCUGGAUGAGGGGACAACAUUCUUUGAUAAACUCCUCCAAAAGCUUCAGCAGAAAUAUGGUUUUGAUGUUGAGGAUUACUUGGACUCCAGUUUAACUGUGCAAGAGAAUCAGAGCAGGAAUGUUAAGCUGGCCGUACUCAGCAUACAGAGACUGAUGAUCAACCUGGGAGACAUUGCUCGCUACAGGGAACAGAUGAAUCACACAGGCAAGGUCAACUACGGACGGGCCAGAAGUUGGUAUACCAAAGCUCAACAGCUGGCUCCAAAGAAUGGUCGCCCAUACAACCAGUUAGCAAUAUUGGGACUGUACACGAGGAGGAAGUUAGAUGCGGUUUAUUACUACAUGAGAAGUCUGGCGGCCAGUAACCCUUUCCUUACAGCCAGGGAAGGACUCCUCAAUCUGUUUGACGAGGCAAGGAAAAAGGCUCUGGCUGUUGAACAGAAAAAGGAGGAAGAGAAAGAAAAACUAAAGAAGUUGGCCCCCCAGAAGCCUCACCAUGGACAGAGGAUUGAGAUCUGGGUGUCACCUGAUGGGACGAGCUCGGAGGGGAAGACAGAGGAAGGGGGAGAGGAUGACCUUGACAAACUCGAGGCUGUGGAGCUGAACAAGAGAUUUAACCUGAGCUUCCUUAAUGUUCAUGGAAAGCUGUUCACAAAAGUUGGACGAGAGUCAUUUCCUGAGUGUUGUGGACAGAUGUUGAAGGAAUUCCAGGCCUUGCUGAGAUAUGGAGCUUUGCCACCUAGCCGACUCAUUCAACUUAUGGCAAUCAACAUGUUCGCAAUAGAAAAUACAGCUUUGAAAGAUUUAUCAAUGGCAGAGGACUUCCGGUCAGAGCUCCAGGAACACGCAGUACAGCUGGGUCUUGACAUGUUCGGGAUUCUCCUGGACUGCUGUGCACAAGAGCUGACUAAGCACUUAGCCUCAUCAGAUUACCCAAGUCACAUGUUCAGUAGUGAGUUAGAGGAGCUGAUCCCAGGAGUCAAGAAGUGGACAGACUGGAUGUUAGCAAACCUCAAACUGUGGAACCCACCCCCCUCUCUCAGAGACACCACACUGGGGCCUGGUGUGGAUGUUUGGAAAGUGACUGCCAAGUUUGCCAACAUUCUGAAAGAUGUAGACAUCAGUCAUGUCAAGUUAUAUGAAGAUAAAAUUGAAGGCUGUGAAUCAGUUGUUUUAUUUGAGGACACUAUGUUGUCUGGGUUUGUUCCCCUCAUGAGUGCCCCAAUAAAAGUGGCUUAUGUUCACAGUACUGUAGACAAGGACAUUGCUCGGGACUGUCUGCGGAUACAGGUGUUACAGGAGUUUGCUGAUUACUUGUGUGGAGUUGAGCCCCCCAUGUUGGAGUAUGACGUGGUGAAGAAGGAAUACUACUCAGUGGCACCCUCUACUGACUACAGUGAGGCUCCCCAUGGGGACCUACCCUCAGAUUCAGAUGAAGAAGCUGAGGUGAUCAUUGAGAGUGAAGAGGAGGUCACCGAGGGGACAGAGGGAGAUGAACAUGUCCGUCUACUGCGACAGAAGAAGGAAGAACUCAGGAAAAAGAAAGAACAACAGCUCAAAGACAAAGAAAAUAUUCAGAAACUGAUAGAGAAGGACCGUCAUCGGUGUAUAGAGCUGGAGAUCCAUCCAAUUUUCUUAAUUCCAGACACCAACUGUUUUAUUGAACACUUUUCAAGCCUAAAACAGCUCAUUCAGCUGAAGAAGUUUACUGUGGUAGUGCCUUUAAUAGUUAUUAAUGAGUUGGAUGGAUUAGCCAAAGGCAGCAAGGAGGGACAAUACGACUCAGCUGAUCAGGCCCUGAAGGUCGCAGAGAGGUCAAAACAGAUGGUUGAAUUCCUAGAGGAGGAGUUUGAGAAAAAGAACUCGCAUCUGAAAGCCCUGACUUCCAAAGGGAACGUACUGGAGACCAUCUCAUUCCGAAGUGAAGAGGGGGACAGCAGCGGGGGAAAUAAUGAUGACAUCAUUCUCUCCUGUUGUUUACACUAUUGUAAAGACAAGGCCAGAGAAUUCAUGCCUAAAGAGAAAGAUGCCCCAGUGAGGUUGUACAGAGAAGUAGUAUUGUUAACAGAUGACAGAAAUCUACGAUUAAAGGCUCAUACCUGUAACGUACCUGUCAAAGAUGUCCUGUCAUUCCUCAAGUGGAGUAAGAUCACCUGAACUGACCCGUGAAAUGAUGGCAUCAGUUCUGAUCAUCUGAGGACACGGGCCACUGGAGUGUCAGCCUAGUGUGGCAGCUAAUGGUUCUCGGCUAAUGUCCUUUAUCUAGUGUGAACAAUUUGUCUGUUUGGCUUGUGUUAAAUAUCACAAUGGCCCAUGUGAGAAACAAAAUAAUUUCAAGGAUACUACAUGUAAUACUGAAUGGAAAUUUCUACUUUUCCCAGCUUAACCCAGAGAUUUAAGAAGUACAUCUGAAGAGUGAUGUUUUCUACUGUUAUGUAGAUGAAAUAUCUGUAGCUCUAGUGAGUAUUUGAGGAACUUUUUCCUCUGUGUAUUUAUAAACUGUGACUUUUUGAACUGAUGAGACAGUGAGUGUUUGGACUGCAUUGACAGUGAGUUUUAUAUUAACCUUUUUUUAACCCUAUUAAUUGUGAGAUUUAUGAUGUAGUCCACUACAUGUUGCACUUGUUUUGCGACAUCAUGGAGUCACUGUUCAUAAUUCUGAGAGGAUCAGGGAGACACCACAGGAAAUUACAGUGAAUGUUGGAAAAGUACCAAACAGUUCUUGUGUGAAAUAUUAUGGCAGUCAACAGACUGUCAAUUAAAGGUUUUAUUCUUAUGAAAGCAGCAGCUUUAAGUUUCAUUUUAUGAUGGAGUUUUACAGCUUUAAAUGAUAGAAUUCUUUUCCUGACCCCCAGAGCAGAUUUGUGAAGAAUUUUAGUUGUUGUUUCUUGUUAGUGGAGUUGUAAAUAUUGAAAUUUUAAAACAUAUAAUUAUGUUUGUACACCUGCAUACCCCUUAGAAGCUUUAGAACCUGAUUGUUAGUCAAAAAAUCAAAGACCUAAAGUCCUAAACACGUUUUAUACACAUAUGUUGAUAGGAUUUAUUAUUUUUUUCUGAAUACUGAAAAACAGAGACAAAAAAAAAUUAAAAUAAUAAUCCGAAAAAUGUCUUGGAAGUUAGUGAACUCUUUGAUAGUACAAGUCCUUUGUAAAAAAAAGAAGAAGUGAGCUUGUAAGAAACAUAAAUUUCAGGUUUGAAUAGCUUUGGUGUGUUUGAAUUAAGUUUGACUUAUAAAGAAUUACGCACGCUAACUCUCGAUUCCCGCCUACAUUUUACACCCAUUUAAUUCAAUACUAAUGGCAGUUUGGGCAUAA